CCCAUUCUAAACUACGAAUCACUGGUCAACAAUGCCACGAUCAAGAUCUAGAGAGCGUCUGCCUGACCCGAAACGUCCUCGCGUCUCGUACGAGGGCACCGGCUCUUCCCGCCGGGACCGUUCACCUUCGCCUGCUGGAGGGUCUAGUUCGGGUCGACGGGAACGAGACCGGUACGAAGAUGAUAGACGACGAGGUGGAGACAAGAAAUAUCGGGAUAGGGAGGAUGAUUAUGCGAGAGAUAGGAAGAGGAGUGAUAGGUCGAGGUAUGAGGACGAUAGAUAUCGGUCGAGCCGGUAUGACGACCGGGAACGGGACCGAGAUCGAGGCGGCCGGUACAACGAUGACGACAGGUAUUCGAGAGACGCAGGGCGUGAUCGUGACAGGGAAAGGGAUAGGACGAGGGACGAUCGUGAUCGAGGGACCAGGGUAAGGGAUCGAAGUCUAGGUCGGGAGACGACGGACAGCCCUGUUCACAAAGCGAAUCCUGCUCUCCCUCCCCCUACAUCGAUCGACAUUCGUGGACGCUUGAAUGGUGCGGCCUCUCCUUCGACGCCGCUUAACGGGAACACUGCUGCUAUUCCAGGAUCCCCUCUCGCCCCGAACAGGAACUCACCCGCGCCCACUACUUCCUCUGCACCGCCGCCUCCGCCUGACAAUACACCCUUGUCCGCAGAAGAAGAGAAGAAGCGUCGAAAGGCUGAGCGAUUGGAAGCUUGGAGAAAAGCUCAGGCUGCCAAAGCCGCUGCGGCAGAGGUCGGCAAGGCGAUCAGCGGAAGUAUUGCAGGUGCUGCUAGUGCGGCUGUGUCGAUAGGGAACAAGCUGGGAGGAGCGAAGCCUGCUAUCGGCCUUCCCGCCAAACCCGCCUUUUCCCUCCCUUCCGCUACCUUGUCUCGAAUCGGUCUGCCAAUCAAGGCAGGUCUUCCAGCCAAGCCCGCUGCCGGUCUCGUCAUGGAUGACUCGGACGCGUCAGAUCGAAAGUUGCAAAAGCUGAACCUCCCGCCUGUAGACCCGCUUGUUGCGCCUGGCGGUUUGGCACCUGAUGAGAUGGUCUCUGAGAACCUGGACGUUGUUAGCGAUGAUGAAGACGAGGUCGUCCCCGGUUUGGGCUCCACUUCCAAGUCCGCUUCGAACCAGAUGGAAGUCGACGAGGAAGAGGAGGAGGACCCACUGGACGCCUUUAUGAAGGGGAACACGGAAGAGGUGAAAAAGGUCAACAAGGAGGAUGAGAAGAAGUUCGGCGGACCGGUCACCUCGGGUCCUCGAGCCGAGGUCUUGAACGAGGAUGACGAGGGUGGCGAGGAAGACGAACCUCAGCGUGAUGGACCCAUGACGGCCGAAGACAUCCUCGCGCUCGCAGCGAAGAAGGCCAAGAAGAAGGAUCUGCCCGUAGCUCAGCAUGGCAAGAUCGAUUACGAGCCGUUCAGGAAAAAGUUUUACGUGCCCAACCAAGAGACGAACGACAUGGACGAAGAGGACGUCGAGUUGAUGAGGAUCGAGAUGGACGGGAUCAAGAUUCGAGGGGCGGACUGCCCUCGACCGGUCAAGAACUGGGGAGCUUUCGGUUUACCUGCGGGUUGUUACGACGUGAUCAAGAAGCUCGGAUAUACCGCGCCCACAUCGAUCCAGGCACAGGCGAUCCCGGCCAUCAUGUCGGGAAGAGACAUGAUUGGUGUUGCCAAGACGGGUUCGGGAAAGACGAUCGCUUUCCUCCUGCCCCUUUUCAGACACAUCAAGGAUCAAAGACCGUUGGAGACGGGAGAAGGACCGUUGGCGUUGAUCAUGACACCGACGCGAGAGCUCGCUACGCAGAUCUGGAGGGAGAGCAAGCCCUUUUUGACGGCACUCAAUAUGAGGGCGGUGUGCGCCUAUGGUGGAGCACCGUUGUCGGAGCAGAUUGGUGAUAUGAAAAAGGGAGCCGAGGUCGUUGUCUGCACACCGGGUCGGAUGAUCGAUCUGUUGACCGCCAAUUCGGGUCGAGUCACCAAUCUGAGGCGGUGCACGUAUCUUGUUCUGGACGAGGCAGAUCGAAUGUUCGAUAUGGGUUUCGAGCCGCAGGUCAUGAAGAUCGUCAACAACAUCCGACCGGAUCGUCAGACGCUCUUGUUCUCGGCUACGUUCCCCGCCAAGAUGGACGCUCUAGCCAGAAAGAUCCUGAUCAAACCGUUGGAGAUUACCGUCGGAGGACGAUCAGUCGUCGCUAAAGAGAUCACUCAACAAGUCGAGAUCCGGGACGCCGAUCAAAAGUUCUUGCGCCUGCUCGAGAUUCUCGGAGAGAUGGGCGAAAAAUACAAAGACGAAGAGGAUUUCAGGACGUUGAUCUUUGUCGAACGUCAAGAAUCCGCCGACGAGCUCUUCCGCGAGUUGAUGCGCAAGGGAUACAUCUGCACGUCGUUGCAUGGAGGGAAAGAUCAGGUCGAUCGAGACCAAGCCAUCUCCGACUUCAAGGCCGGGUACAUUCCGAUCGUCAUCGCCACCUCGGUCGCCGCUAGAGGGUUGGAUGUCAAGGAGCUCAAGCUCGUCAUCAACUAUGACUGUCCGAACCAUAUGGAGGAUUACGUCCAUCGAGCAGGUCGGACGGGAAGGGCGGGGAACUCGGGGACGUGUAUCACGUUCAUCCAGACGGAUCAGGAUCGGUAUGCGGUGGAUAUCGUCCGCGCCUUGAAGGCGAGCGAGGCCAACGUGCCGCCCGAGCUCGAAAAGCUAUCCGAAGACUUCCUGGUCAAGGUCCGAGAAGGCAAAGCCAAGGUCGCCGGAUCCGGGUUCGGUGGUAAAGGUCUAGACAAGUUUGAAGCCGAGCGAGAGAGCAAGGAUCGAGCCGAACGAGCUUUCUACGGGGAAGAUGGCGCUCGGGUGGAAAAGAAGCCCGGAGCCGAUGGAGCUGGCGAUACUGGGUCUGGCGGCAAGGACAAGGCAAAGGAUGGCGCGGGUGGGACGGUGCCCCCGGAUUACGGGUUCGACUUCAAGGUCGAGAUCGUCAAGGGAGCUGCGCCGGACAAGGUGGCUCCCGGCGGAUCCACGAAACCUGCCAACGCGACGCCUUCGACACCGCAAAACACAUUGGGAGCGGACGUGGCGAAACUUCCCGCUCAGACGCUCGCCGCGCUCCAACGCGCCGAAGCUGCUGGCAAGGGUGGCAACGUCAUGGAGAACCUGCAAUCUGCCGUGGCGAGGAUCACCGCGCACUUGAACAAGACCAAGGCCGAGAAGAAUGCCGCAAACUCGGCUCAGAAUCCGCAAAAGGACCAGCCGGCCAAGAGUUCAGACGCUACCGAGUAUCACGCGAUCGUCCCCAUCAACGAUUAUCCGCAAAAGGCCAGGUGGAAGGCGACGAACAAGGAGCAGAUGGUUCAGUUGCAGGAGUUGUCGGGGGCUUCCAUCACGAACAAGGGUAUCUUUUACGAAGCUGGCAAGGAACCUGGACCGGGUCAAGAACCGAAGCUUCACCUGCUCAUCGAGAGCAACGACGAGUUCCGGGUCAAGUUGGCCGUGGACGAGUUGCGGAGGGUGUUGUUGGAUGCGAGUGUGGCCGCUUUGAACGACGAGAGGGCGGCACCUGCGGGAAGGUACAAGGUGGCAUGAUACGUCUUGGUGUCUAUGGGGGAUUGUAUUUCUAUCGUUCCAUUGUCGUCUCCUAUGCAGAAAGCGAAGCAUUUCUUACGAGCAU